CGCCGCAGAGGCCGCCGGGAAGGGCCGAGCGCGCCGCGGCCGCCAUGGGCUGGGAGGAGCAGCAGGUCCGCGGCUACGCCGAGUUCGUGCGGACGGCGCAGCGCUACCACGGGCAGCCCAUAUUCGCGCUCUUCUGCGGCGACAAGAAUGCCGAGGGCAGGAGCUGGUGCCCGGACUGCGUGACGGCUGAACCCGUUGUGAGGAAGGAACUUCAUAACAUGCCUGAGGGGUCUGUGUUCAUAUACUGCCUAGUAGGAGACAGAGCCUACUGGAAAGAUCCCAACAAUGAAUUCCGGAAGAAUCUGAAACUAACAGGAGUGCCUACACUACUUAAAUAUGGAACACCUCAGAAACUGGUUGAAGAAGAAUGCUUUAAAGCAGAGCUUGUGCGUAUGUUGUUUACUGAAGACUAAAUCCUCCACUAGUCAAUCAUUUACAAAGAUGUUAAUUUCAAGUUAUUUGCAGUGUCCUUUCAAAAACUCCUUUUUAAGUCUUUUUUUAAAUUUUCCUAGUUAAUUGCUUUUGACUAGUCAAGAUAAAUGUUGUUAAAUUAUAGGUCCAAACCUUCCACUGAAAUUCUGCAACAAAAAAAUGUAUUUUUCUUUUCAUGUUCAAAUAAACUUGUGUUUGCAAACA